AUGGGACAAAUGUGUGAUUUGGAGGAGUUAGAGUUUGAGGAGGCUCGUACAACCCUUAUGCAGCUACUUGGCAUUGAUGGUGGCACAGUAGGUGCUGAGGUAGAGGACGCGCGUGGUUCGAUAGUCAGACUCAGCUGGCUUAGAGAGAUAUAUGUUCAGAGGUGUAAGUCACAACAUUGGGACUAUGCUGCCAGAGCAUAUUUGUUGCAUAUAGGUGUGGCUGCACUCGUCCAUUUGUACGAGCAGCUCGGGGAUGCGAGUCUCACCUCCACGAAGCAGAUGGCCGAAUAUUUGACUCUAUUUCAGAGUUGGAUAUACGAACAUUUUCCUAGCAUGGGAAGGAGGUGGUUGGUGACUUCUUACGAUGAUACCACACCACGUGCCAUGAGGUGGCAAAGCCCUAGGCAGAGUUCCACUCUUGCGGAGAUUCGGUCACAGUUGGAUGCGCUGACAUACAGUAGAGUUGUAUGGCAUCCGUAUGAGGGGCAUCGGGCCAUUCGGCCAUUCUUCGACAUUUGUAUGUAUUAUGGAUGGAUUCGGAUUAGUGACACCCUUUGUCGUCAUUUGCCUGAGCGUGUGCUGAGGAAAUUUGGGUUUCAGCAAGACAUUCCACGAUCACCGACUACGAUUCCAGAUGCAGAUAUGGUGGCCAUUGAUCAUGUUUGGUUGCACUUCAGAGCUCACGUUGUGAGUAAUGUCAGACAUGCAGCAUCUCCUUCUGACUGUGUCGAUGGGUACAUUCAGUGGUUUAGGAGGGUUUCGAAUCCUUAUAUUAUUGUUGCUGCAGAUGACGUGCGACCGGCUCUUGCGCCUAGACAGCUCCCCGAUGUUCCACAGGAGGCACGACCCCAUCGUAGAUCGUCUCCACCUUCACCAUCUGGCGCCCUGGCUAGAUUUAGGCGAAUGGCGAGAAUGUUACAGUCCUUGAUAUCGUGUUACAGAUGA